UGCUGUAGGGAGUCCCGGUCCAUGUCCGCUACCGGCAGCGUUGCUGUAGCUGGGGCCACGCGGAAACCAGGCGCGGGGGUCCCGGCGCAGAGACGGGGAAAAGUCCACGGCAAGGGUGAUCUUCAUAGAAACCACUAAAGACUUCAGAGAACUCAUUUUAGGCAAAAUAAGUGAAAUAAGUUGUUCUGAUAAAAUGGAUCCUUGUUCAGUUGGAGUUCAGCUUCAAACUGCCAAUGAAUGCCAUAAGACCUAUUAUACCCGUCACACUGGCUUCAAGACUAAAGAUGAUAUAUCUUCAUUUGAUCUACUGUUGCUUCAGCUUAGGACUGGAAUGACCCUUUCAGAGAACGACACUAUCUGCUUUCAUCAUGCAAAAAUUUACAUUGAAAGGUUUGAAGACUUACAAAAGUCAUGCUUUGAUCCCUUUAAUAUGCACAGAAAACUAUCAAAGAAAAACUUGCGCGCCAUUGACCUGCAUGACGCGACUUUUCUAACUGCCAAGUUCGGAAGACAGUUUGUACCUGGUUGGAAGCUUUGUCCCAAAUGUAUGCAGGUAAUAAAUGGGAGCGUGGAUGUCGAAGCUGAAGAACGCCAAAGAAGAAAGCUUGAUUCAGACGGGCGUACAGCUAAGGCUUUGAAGUCUCUGCAGUUUGCUAACCCAGGACGACAGACUGAAUUCACUCCUGAGACCAGUAAGAGGGAAAAAAGAAGGCUGCAAACAAAAAAUCCAUCAUUUAACUCUGACAGGCAAGUUAUACCAGCCAAGAGUAAAGUCUACGAUAGCCAGGGACUACUUCUUUACAAUGGGAUGGACCUCUGUGACUGUCUUGAUGAAGAUUGCCUGGGAUGUUUCUAUGCUUGCCCCAAGUGCGGCUCCAACAAAUGUGGCACUGAAUGUCGCUGCGACCGCAAAUGGCUCUAUGAGCAAAUUGAGAUAGAAGGAGGAGAAAUCAUUCGUAAUAAGCACCUUGGUUAGUGCACAUGCUCUUAUUGUUUUUAUUUAAGCCUGGAUGUAUGUUCCACUCUUAAACAACAUCUGUCAUUUAGUUGUUUGAUGAAAACCAUAGUAACUAAUUGUGAGUUGUGAUAAAUGUGCUUCCACAUUCCAUCUCAGUACGAUUAAGGAAAUAUUCUUAAUCCUACUACUUGUUGUCACACUUCAUUCUGUGUUGUACUGCCUUGUUAGUCACUUCAGUUUUCAUUUAUGAAUGUUGCACUGCAAUGAAGAGCUAUAUUUCCACGUGGCUUACCAUUGUCCACUCACCAUCAUUCCACAUAGCGUUCUGUUGAGUAUACCAUCUCCCUGUAUCCCUCAUUUUUUAGUUGCAUGGUCUUGAAUUAUUUUAUGUGAAACACUUUUGCGUUGUUAUUAAUGAAGCUACAUCCAGUAUUAACAAAGAUUUCUCCAGUAUUAACAGUGAAUGCUGCAUCUUCUAUAAAUUAUCACAGCUACCUCUGAUAAAUUCAGUCCUUUUCACUUAGCUUUAUUCAAAGGAGUACGAAUCCCACCUGAGUUACUGGGAUUUGGGAUCCAGUUAUCCUUAUGAAUUCAAAAAUGUCACUGUUUGGAGUGUUAUUAAGCUGUCAAGAUGCUAAAAUAUACAUAGAAGUAUUUCACUGUGGUAGCAUUUGGUUGCCUUCUUUUAACAGUUGAAAUAAUCGUGCUGUAUAUCUUAUGGUGUGUAAUUGGAUAAGUACUUCACAGCCCUCUCCCCUCUCUUUCUUUCUGCUUGUUUUCAAGGUAAAGGUUUACAUGCAGCUGAAAUGAAUUCAACUGUCUGUUCCCAAACUAAGAAUACCCAGACUGCUACAAAAAACAGUUGAACUGAAAGUUUUGGUUGAUAAAAAAAUGUUUCUCCUCAGCAAGUUUAAAUUUUGCUGAAUUACGAGAUUUAUGGAAACAAGACCUUGCAAUUGAACUGUUAGUUAACAUUUAAUGCGUUAUUCUCUGGUAUUUUUGUGCUGCGUUAAAAACAUAUUUUCUGCAGCCCUGACAGACUCAGAAGAUCUGUAUGUUUGUUAAAUCACAUUUACUCAAGAAUGCUGUUAACCGUUGCUUUCUGGAACUUUCAUGUGAUCACUUUGUAUCAUCUUGCUAUUCGUUCAGAGUGUGUAUUGUUUAAGUUCUUGAAGGUUGACGCUGUUAAAACGCAGUUGCGCUUUGUGUUGUACUGACAUCUGCUGGUCCUAGCCAAGCAGAAGCAUGGAUUUAAUCUACCUUGUUGCUGUUAGAUCCUCUUCAAAAAUAAAAGGUCUUUCUGUUGUUCAACCAGAA